GUGUAGGUUCGGGGACACCAGCAGGAUCCCCACACUGCAACGAGUUGUCUCACCUGAUCUCUUUGGAAUUCCAGCGAACACCUUUCGAGACUUCAGCCAGUUUAACUCCACCUUUUCUGGGGAAAAAAGACCCCACAAAAUAAAGACCUAGUCCUUUAAAAAUACCCAGCAUCUGUCAGUUAGUGACCUGAGAAUGAAAAGCUUCAGCAAAAAGUGGCACAACCAGCUAGGAAAGGUUUUAGUGUAUCUUUCCAAGUUUGGGGAAUGGAAAACUACAAAAGUGGUGAAAAACAAGGCCUGAAAACUGCACUAACAAUGUUAAUGAGCAUAUGAAAAAUGAACGAGUCAACCUCAUGAAUAUGAUGAAACUGAGUAUCAAAGUGCUUAUUCAGUCUGCAUUAAGCCUGGGAAGAACUUUAGAUGCAGAUUUCCCUCCUCUUCAGCAGUUUUUUGUGGUCAUGGAGCAAUGCCUCAAACAUGGGCUGAAAGUAAAAAAGACUUUCCUUGGCCCAAACAAGUCAUUUUGGGGUCCUCUAGAGGUGGUGGAAAAACUUUGCCCUGAAGCUGCUGAAAUAGCAACUAGUGUUCGAGACCUGCCAGGGCUAAAAACUGCUGUAGGAAGAGGAAGAGCGUGGCUUAAUCUGGCUUUAAUGCAGAAGAAACUAGCUGAUUAUUUGAAGGCCUUGCUUGAGCGGAAAGAUUUGCUGAGUGAAUUCUAUGAUCCUAAUGCACUGAUGAUGCAUGAUGAAGGAGCGGUCAUUGUUGGUCUGCUGGUGGGCCUUACAGUUAUUGAUGCAAAUCUUUGUUUAAAAGGAGAAGACUUGGAUUCUCAGGUGGGAGUGAUUGACUUCUCGCUGUAUCUUAAAGAUGGAGUUCAGGAUAAUGCUGACUGCCGACAGGACUCUGAACUCACUAAAAUUCUGGAUCAGAAACAUUAUGUGGAAGAACUCAACAGACACUUGAGUGGUACAGUUUCUGAUCUACAGACAAAGCUGGAUUCACUAGAAAAAACUAAUGCAAAACUAAUGGAAGAGCUUUCAGCAGCAAAUGAUAGAAUUCAGUCACUUCAGGAGGAGCAGAAUCAACUGAAGCAAGAAAAUUCAUCAAUCCUCGAAACAAGUGAACGUAGAGUAGAGGUGAGCAGACAAGAUUCUGAAGUAGAACUGGAAACGUACAAACAAACUCGUCAAGGUCUAGAUGAAAUGUACAACGAAGUCUGGAAGCAACUGAAAGAAGAGAGAAAAAUUCGAAUGGAACUGGAGAAAGAAUUAGAACUACAGAUGAGCUUGAAGCAAGAAAUGGAAAUAGCCAUGAAGCUACUGGAGAAGGACACACAUGAGAAGCAAGACACGUUAGUAGCUCUCCGACAACAGUUGGAAGAAGUCAAGGCUAUCAAUUUGCAGAUGUUUAACAAAGCUAAGAAUUCUGAGGGGGCAGCGCAGCAGAAGGCUGAAAUGAUAAACACUCUGGAGCAAAAGACUAAUCAAAUGAUUGAUGCCACAAAGCAAAUGGAGGAAAGAUUGCAACAGUCUGAACAAACUAGGCAGUUAGCAGAAGAGAAAAAUCGAAAAAUUGAGAGAGAAUUUGCAAGCAAGAUUGAGAAUCUCCAGCAGCAGCUCAGUGAAUUGGACAAACAACGCUCCACGUUGGAUUCUGAACUUAAAGCUGAAAAGGAACAAAGACAAAGUCUUCAGCAGCAGUUGCAACAAGAGAGGGAUGUAACAUCUCAGUUGAAAGCUCAACUGUUGCAGAAGUCUGGCUUAGAGAAGGAAAUGCAGACAUUGCAAGAUGAGAAAAAAGAGCUCCACAAGAUCUGUGAAGAACAGGAACAGGCGCUACAAGAAAUGGGACUCCAUCUUAGUCAAUCAAAAUUGAAAAUGGAGGACAUUAAAGAGGUUAAUAAAGCAUUAAAGGGAAAUGCCUGGCUGAAAGAUGAUGAAGCAACAUCCUGCAAACAAUGUGAGAAAGAAUUUUCAAUCUCAAGAAGAAAGCAUCACUGUCGAAACUGUGGUGAUAUCUUCUGCAACAACUGUUCUAGCAAUGAGUUGGCACUUCCUUCAUACCCUAAACCUGUGCGGGUCUGUGACACUUGCCAUACGCUACUACUACAGACGUGUUCUUCAAAUGUUUCCUGAAUUCAACUGAAUUUAUAACCAGCCAUUAGUGCUAGCUUUUUUGUUUUGAAGCUCUACUGCAUCAGUAAAGCUACUAAAGAAAUUAAGUUCUAUAUGCCAAUAUCUCUUUCUGGAACUCAUCUGAAUAUUUUCAUGUAACUGGACAAAUUAAAGGGCUUGCAUUAACUUAUUGACCAAAUUGCAACUUAAAUUGAAUAUUAGAAUUGUAAUCAAAAUGUUGAUAAUUCACUCUUAAGGUAAUACACAAUCUUUAUUACAAAAUCUGUCCAGAAUAUAUUUUUUUCUUGAUAUAAAAUGCCAUUAACCCUAUGUCAGAUUGUUUGUUUUUUUUCCCUUUCUUUUCAUCUCCCCAAGAAUACUUUUAAUUGUGUAGGCCAUUAUUACACUACCACCAACUGAUGUAAUUCCACUUACUUAUGGUCAACAAAAUUGAUUAUGUUGGUUGAAGUUAGAAUUAUUUUUCAUGUUUGCAGUGCCAUAAUAUAUUUGUAUUUCAGAGCUAUUUUUAUGGCUUCAUGUGCCUUUGUUCCAUAACAAAUUGCAAUACCUGUAUUGAAGCUGUAGAAUUUACAUGUAUGAAUUUAAUAAUAUGGCUUAUUACACUGCUAGAAAUAAAAUAGCGUCGCUCUUGCUUGCAUUUUGCAAAUGUCAAACCACAACUUUGCCAGAACAAUGCAUAAGAAUCUGCUAUUAUGCGGAUUAAAAAGUGCAUGCAUAUUUACCAAAACAAAAUUGUAUGUUUUUUUUUGUUGAUUCCUCUUUAUCAUUCAACUGGGUGUCCUAAUGAAUGU